UUCCGCGCUUCCCUGCGUCCGGGGCCGGGCCUGCCCUGCCGUCGCGGACCCUCGGGUCCGGCCGCCGCCUGCGGACCAGCACGUGCGCGGCUCCCGCGCCCCGCGUCCGGCCCCGCAGAGCGUAGCGACCUCCCGGCGGCGGCCGCGCGAUGCUGUGCUUCCUGAGGGGAAUGGCCUUCGUGCCCUUCCUCCUGGUGACCUGGUCGUCCGCCGCCUUCAUCAUCUCCUACGUGGUGGCGGUGCUCUCCGGGCACGUCAACCCCUUCCUCCCCUACAUCAGUGACACAGGAACAACACCUCCAGAGAGUGGGAUUUUUGGAUUUAUGAUAAACUUCUCUGCAUUUCUUGGUGCAGCCACAAUGUACACAAGAUAUAAAAUAGUAGAGAAGCAAAAUCAAACCAGCUAUUUCAGCACGCCUGUUUUUAACCUGGUGUCGCUAGUUCUUGGAUUGGUGGGAUGUAUCGGAAUGGGCAUUGUAGCCAAUUUCCAGGAAUUAGCUGUCCCCGUGGUCCACGAUGGCGGUGCCCUUUUGGCUUUUGUCUGCGGUGUGGUCUACACGCUCCUACAGUCCAUCAUCUCUUACAAAUCAUGUCCCCAGUGGAACAGCCUGUCUACAUGCCACGUGCGGUUGGCCAUCUCUGCCAUUUCCUGUGCAGCCGUGGUCCCCAUGAUUGCCUGUGCUUCAUUAAUUUCUAUAACCAAGCUGGAGUGGAAUCCAAAAGAAAAGGAUUAUAUGUAUCAUGUAGUGAGCGCAAUCUGCGAAUGGACAGUGGCCUUUGGUUUCAUUUUCUACUUCCUAACAUUCAUCCACGAUUUCCAGGUAGGUAUUUAUCAGUUCAUGUGUUACAAAUUGCUGACAGUUAGGGUUAGGAGAACGCCAUAGAACAUUUCUUACACUUAAAAAAGGUAAGAGCACUAUCUUUCUUUUCACUCUUACGUGUUUGAAAAAAUAUGUAAAUAUUAUACAGUUUAGUUUAUUCCCUAAGGGAAGCCUCUCUAACAGCUCUCCCAAACAAUGAAAUUUUCAUAUGUUCUCUGCCCCCCUGGUUGCUCAUAGUCAUAUAUCCUGGUUAUUAGCUUUCUGAGCAGG